CAGAGAAGCGGAGAGGCCUUUUCCCGGUGCUCUUCUCCCAGUCUGGGAUGCUGUCGGUCGGUCCCCGGGUUGUAUCUUUAAUAAGAUAAGAAAGCUGAGGCCGGAGAGGCGGAGUACCCCAAGGCCGCACAGCUGGUGAAGAGUCGAGGAGGGACUCGGGCCCGGGGCCCCUGCUCUUCUCCCCUGCUCAUCCCCUCUCGGCGCCCGAUCCAGGCUGUCGGGUCGGCCCGGCAGCUCGGCCUCAGUGGUCCCACCCCUACACAGCCUCCCUCCCGGGCAUUCUGGAUCUCCCCUCCCCCGGCUCCCGGUUUCCUUGUCAAAACUUCCUGCCUUGGCGAGGGCCCGAGUUCCCACCCCCUUCCUGCCCCCCGCCCCUCCGCGCCCCUCCCCGCCCAGCGAUCCACAACUUUCGGCCACCCCGCCGCUCUCGCAGUCGGCCUGGGGCUCCACGCGGGGACCCCGGCCCUCUGCUCCUCCGGGCCCACCCCGGCGGUCCCCACCCCAGGCGGACGGCGAGAGAGGAUCCCGAGGCAGGGCCUUCCUGCUGCAGGUCUUGUCCAUGUCACCGCAGCCUCGAGCUCCAGAGACAGAUCCAGGCCCAGGCUCCAUAUCCUGAGCACCGGGAUCCCCCAGGACACUCUCUGGGCUCCUCAGGCCCUGGGGCCCAAGGGCCCUGUCACCCUGCCUCUGGCUCACCUGAGUUUCUCAGGCCCCAGGAUGCCAUAGAGGCCUGAGACUUGGUCCUCCAGGUUUGUGGCUGCAGUGCCCCUCACCUGCUCCACACCUGGCCCUGUCACAGGCCUCAGCAAUGUCACUGCCUCUGCGGGCCCUCUUUCUCCUGGCCCUGGGCCUGGGGCUGGCUGGAACCCUCAACCCCAAGGACCCCAACACCUGCAGCUUCUGGGAAAGCUUCACCACCACAACCAAGGAGUCGCACUCCCGCCCCUUCAGCUUGCUCCCCUCGGAGCCCUGUGACCGGCCCUGGGAGAGCCCACACACCUGCCCCCGGCCCACCGUUGUCUACCGGACGGUGUACCGCCAGGUGGUGAAGACGGAGCACCGAAUGCGCCUGCAGUGCUGCCGGGGCUUCUAUGAGAGCAGCGGGGCCUGUGUCCCGCUUUGUGCUUGGGAGUGUGUCCAUGGCCGCUGCAUGGCGCCCAAUCAGUGCCAAUGUGUGCAAGACUGGCGGGGCGACGACUGCUCCAGUGCUUGUGCCCCGGGCGUUUGGGGGCCACAGUGUGACAAGCCCUGCAACUGCGGCAACAGCAGCUCCUGUGACCCCAAGAGUGGGGCAUGUUCCUGUGCCUCUGGGCUGCAGCCUCCACACUGCUUUCGGCCCUGCUCCCCUGGCCGCUACGGCCCUGCCUGCCAGUUCAGCUGCCAGUGCCAUGGGGCACCCUGUGACCCCCAGACCGGAGCCUGCCUCUGCCCCCCAGAGAGAACUGGGCCCAGCUGCGAGGUGUCCUGUUCACAGGACAGUGUUGGCUUCUCCUGCCCCAGCACCCCUCCUUGCCAAAACGGGGGUGUCUUCCAGGCCUCUCGGGGCUCCUGCAGCUGCCCACCUGGCUGGAUGGGCACCAUCUGUUCCCUGCCCUGCCCCGAGGGCUCCUAUGGACCCAACUGCUCCCAGGAAUGUCGCUGUCACAACGGAGGCCUCUGCGACCGGUUCACCGGGCAGUGUCACUGCGCUCCGGGAUACACAGGGGACCGGUGCCGCGAGGAGUGCCCCGUGGGCCGCUUCGGGCAGGACUGUGCUGAGACUUGCGACUGCGCCACCGGCGCCCGCUGCUUCCCGGCCAACGGCGCGUGUCUGUGCGAACACGGCUUCACUGGGGACCGCUGCGCCGAACGUCUCUGCCCCGACGGCCUCUACGGCCUCAGCUGCCAGAUGCCCUGCACCUGCGACCCGGAACACAGUCUCAACUGCCACCCGAUGAGCGGGGAGUGCUCUUGCCUGCCGGGGUGGGCGGGCCUCCACUGCAACGAGAGCUGCCCGCAGGACACGCACGGGCCCGGCUGCCAGGAGCACUGCCUCUGCCUGCACGGCGGCGUCUGCCAGCCCGACAGCGGCCUCUGCCGGUGCGCGCCCGGCUACACGGGCCCGCACUGCGCUAGCCUCUGUCCCCCUGACACCUAUGGGGUCAACUGCUCCGCACGCUGCUCCUGCGAAAAUGCCAUCGCCUGCUCGCCCAUCGACGGCGCCUGCGUCUGCAAGGAAGGUUGGCAGCAUGGUAACUGCUCCGUGCCCUGUCCGCCUGGAACCUGGGGCUUCGGUUGCAAUGCCAGCUGCCAGUGUGCCCAUGAGGCAGCCUGCAGCCCCCAAACUGGAGCCUGUACCUGUACCCCUGGGUGGCACGGGACCCACUGCCAGCUCCCCUGCCUGAAGGGGCAGUUUGGUGAUGGCUGUGCCAGUCGCUGUGACUGUGACCAUUCUGAUGGCUGCGACCCUGUUCACGGACACUGCCAGUGCCAGGCUGGCUGGACAGGUACCCGCUGCCACCUGCCCUGCCCUGAGGGCUUCUGGGGAGCCAACUGUAGCAACACCUGCACCUGCAAGAAUGGGGGCACCUGCAUCCCUGAGAAUGGCAAUUGUGUGUGUGCACCUGGAUUCCGAGGCCCCUCCUGCCAGAGAUCCUGUCAGCCCGGCCGCUACGGCAAACGCUGUGUGCCCUGCAAGUGUGCUAACCACUCCUCCUGCCACCCUUCGAAUGGGACCUGCUACUGCAUGGCUGGCUGGACAGGCCCUGACUGCUCCCAACCGUGCCCUCUAGGACACUGGGGGGCCAACUGUGCCCAGCUCUGCCAGUGUCGCCAUGGUGGGACCUGCCACCCCCAGCAUGGGAGUUGUUUCUGCCCCCCAGGCCGGACCGGACAUCUCUGCUUGGAAGGCUGCUCUCCAGGGAUGUUCGGCGCCAAUUGUUCCCAACCAUGCCAGUGUGGUCCCGGAGAGAGGUGCCACCCAGAGACUGGGGCCUGUGUGUGUCCCCCAGGGCACAGUGGUGCCCCCUGCAGGAUUGGAAGCCAGGAGCCAUUCACCAUGACGCCUACCUCUCCGGUGGCCUAUAACUCACUCGGGGCAGUGAUUGGCAUUGCAGUGCUGGGAUCCCUGGUGGUGGCCCUGGUGGCGCUGUUCAUUGGCUACCGCCAUUGGCAAAAAGGCAAGGAGCACCAGCACCUGGCAGUGGCCUACAGCAGCGGGCGACUGGACGGCUCUGAGUACGUCAUGCCAGAUGUCCCUCCGAGCUACAGUCACUACUACUCCAACCCCAGCUACCACACCCUGUCACAGUGCUCACCUAACCCCCCGCCCCCUAACAAGGUUCCAGGCAGUCAGCUCUUUGCCAGCCUCCAGGCCCCUGAGCGGCCGGGUGGAGCCCUGGGGCAUGAUAUCCACGCCACGCUGCCUGCUGACUGGAAGCACCGCCGGGAGCCCCCUCCAGGGCCUCUGGACAGGGGUAGCAGCCGCCUGGACCGAAGCUACAGCUGUAGCUACAGCAACAGGAAUGGCCCUGGCCCCUUCUACAGUAAAGGGCCCAUCUCUGAAGAGGGGCUGGGGGCCAGCGUGGCUUCCCUGAGCAGUGAGAACCCCUACGCCACCAUCCGGGACCUGCCCGGCCUGCUAGGGAGCCCCCGGGAGAGCAGCUACAUGGAGAUGAAAGGCCCUCCCUCAGGGUCUCCCCCAAGGCAGCCUCCUCAGCUCCGGGACAGCCAGAGGCGGCGACACCCCCAGCCGGAGAGAGACAGUGGCACCUAUGAGCAGCCCAGCCCCCUGACCCAUGACCGAGACUCUGUGGGCUCCCAGCCCCCUAUGCCCCCGGGCCUGCCUCCUGGCCACUAUGACUCACCCAAGAACAGCCACAUCCCUGGACACUACGACUUGCCUCCAGUACGGCAUCCCCCGUCACCCCCACUUCGGCGCCAGGACCGUUGAGGAGCCAAGAUGGUGUGCAGAGGUCAGCACACCGGUUCUUCGCUGCUCAAGGCUGAGGACAGAGCCCGCUGUACCCUGCCAGGAGCGGGGAGAGGACUGGCCGGCCAUGAACACGAACAUGUUUAAUAGAGGAAGUGAAUGGAGAGGAGAUGGGAGCCUGGCUCCCAGGUUCUACCAUGGGAAACACUGGUCAGCAGGAAACCUGUGUUCCUUUCCCCCAACCCAUUGCUCCCCAAGGCCCCCAGGGCCCUGUAUACAUAAACUGGCGGGUUGAAUGUUGCUGGAUAACUCUGAUUUCAGAUUGCUGUAAGAAGUGUAUAUUGGGUAACUUUUCUGUGCACUCCCGGGCUAGGCUCUGUGUGUGCGUGCAUGCGUGUUUUCAGAGGGGUACCAGGCACUGAUCCUGUCCUGGGGCACUCACUAUAUAGUGGAGAGGCAGCCCAAACCCAGUUAACUCUGGAAAUAGCCUGACUGGCCUCCCUGCAUUCGUUUGGUACUCCCGCCAACCAACUGCUUCAAAAUACAAGCUGGUUAGGUUACCCCUGCCUGAAAGUCUCCGUGGGUGCCCCAUGGCCCUUGGGCUACAGUCAAAAUUGUCCAAAGCCUUAAAGGCUUUGCUGGCCUGGCCUGCCUGUCUCUUCAGCCUCACUCUGAACUGUGUUCCCUGCCACUCUGCUCCAGUCACACUGGCCUCUACGUCCUCCUAUCAGCCACACGUCUUCCUACUACAGGGACUUGGCACAUCUGGAAUGCUCUUCCUCCCCCACUCACCUGUUAACUCCUGCUUGUCCUUCACACCCCGUGUUCUCUUUCACAGCACUGAUUACUGAUGCGUUCAUGCACCAGUUACCUGCAGAAGGCCUACAGGGUGCCAGGCACUUCUGUAAUGUGUUGCUUUUUAGUGUGAUUAUUUGAUUAAUCUCUGCCUCCCCCACCAGACUCUAAGUUCCCUGAAAGCAGGAAUCCUGUGUUUAUGUUCAACAUUGACUCCCCUUGGCACGUGAUAGGCACUCAAUAAAUGUUCCCCCAAAGGCUGA